GGCGGGAGACUGUGGGUUCAGGAGGGGAAGGUUGAGAGGAGCCAGGCUCGGGGCUUGAUGUCCAAGGGUGCUGGGGUGAAGGGGCGCUCGGGAGGGGAAAUCCGAGCGAAUGUAGCGUUGGGGGAAGGAUCUGAGGCGGCUGGGAGUGGGCAUGUCUGAGGAGGCUCCGAUCGGGGGCUCCAGGGUGCUCAGAAUGGUGGAUCUGAAAGGACUUGAGGCUGGAGGAGGGGUCGACGGGGGCUUUGAGAGUUGACAGAGCCGAGCUCAGGAUCGCAGGAUUGAAGGGGGCUCUCAGGGUGCUUGGAGGGGUCUGGGACGCAGCCCCAGGAGGCUCCCUGUGUGGGAUCCGAGGAUAUUCUCUGAGAGGGUUGAGAGAGCAAAUGUGCAAAUGAGCAAAUGAGUGUUCAUUGUGUAGAGCGAUUGUGUGGCUUCUGGGAUGCUGAGGACUCAAGUUUUAGAGGACUGGGUGCAAGGACUUGGAGUCGAUGGAGGAGCAGGACGCCAGGGUCCCGGCCCUAGAACCAUUCAGGGUGGAGCAGGCACCACCUAUAAUCUACUAUGUGCCUGACUUCAUCUCCAAGGAAGAGGAGGAGUACUUGCUUCGACAGGUUUUCAAUGCCCCCAAGCCAAAGUGGACCCAGCUCUCUGGGAGGAAGCUACAGAACUGGGGUGGGCUCCCCCAUCCCCGGGGGAUGGUCCCUGAGCGUCUGCCCCCAUGGCUCCAGCGCUACGUGGACAAAGUGUCUGACCUCAGCCUUUUUGGGGGGCUCCCAGCUAACCAUGUCCUCGUGAACCAGUAUCUGCCUGGGGAGGGCAUUAUGCCCCAUGAGGAUGGACCGCUAUACUACCCGACCGUCAGCACCAUCAGCCUGGGCUCCCACACCGUGUUGGACUUCUAUGAGCCGCGGCGCCUGGAGGACGAUGACCCUACAGAACAGCCCCGGCCCACGCCCCGUCCCAUCACUUCGCUGCUGCUGGAACCCUGCAGCCUGCUGGUGCUCCGUGGCACCGCCUACACACGCCUGCUCCACGGCAUCGAAGCCACCCGUGUAGACGUGCUCGAGGCCACCUCCCUGCCAUGCAAUGCUGCCGCCUGCCCAUCAGCAUUGCCCGGAGCCCGCCUGGACCGUGGCACCCGCGUCUCGCUGACCAUCCGCCGCGUGCCCCGUGUGCUGCGCACCGGCCUCCUGCUCAGCAAGUGACCGCCAUGCCCCAGGGCCCGCUGGGAUUUGUGGCCUCUGGCCCCCUCUGACCUGCCGUACUCCUGUGACCUUGGAACUCCGGGGCAGAGUUGGCACCCUGGGUUAUUUCUGUUGGAGGAACCACGGAAGAUUCCAUUCCAAAUAAAUGAAACAUAUCUUUCCUUGA